GGGUUAUAAAUAAAUUUUACUUAUAGCUUAGGGCCAUCAAUCUAUAUAUUCAAGCCCACUAAUAUUGGGACUGCGCUUCGAAGCCCAUAGUGGUACCAGCAAGGCCCAAUAGAUAUAGAUAACAUAAUAAAACUAAUCGUGAACGGUCAACGCUUGCCGGGGAUUUGCCAAACAGGUACGUCUUUACGUAGCCUUACAGAAUCAUCUAUUAAAUUACCAAAUUAACCAUCUCUCGGUCAUGAAGCAGACAGAAAGCACAAGCUCUCUGUCUCUCUCUCACCUUCGUAAUCGUCCAUGGCCUAUAUAAGUAAUGGAACCAGUCGGAGCUUAAUAAAAAGGAAUCAAACAGAAAGGCCAUCGUGCACCUCACCUCUCUCCAUUCCUCCUGAUCCGAUCUGACUCCACCAACCAUCAAUGGCGUCCGAAGACAAAGUGUCCAGAUCCGAAGCUGAGACCACUCCAAACGGUGGUUCUUCUGAGAUGAGGAAGAUUGCACUGGUAACCGGAAUCACGGGGCAGGAUGGAUCAUACCUGACGGAGUUCCUGCUGGGGAAAGGCUAUGAAGUUCACGGGCUUAUCAGACGAUCGUCAAAUUACAACACGCAGCGAAUCAACCAUAUCUACGUGGAUCCCCACAAUGUGAACAAAGCUCGCAUGAAGCUCCACUACGCCGAUCUCUCAGACGCCUCCUCGCUCCGGCGCUGGCUCGACGUGAUCAAGCCAGACGAGGUUUACAACCUUGCUGCUCAGUCGCAUGUGGCCGUCUCCUUCGAGAUCCCUGACUACACCGCCGAUGUCGUCGCCACUGGAGCUCUCCGCCUCCUGGAGGCUGUCAGAUCUCACAUCUCCGACAAUGGCCGCAACAUCAAGUACUACCAGGCCGGAUCCUCGGAGAUGUUCGGGUCAACUCCUCCUCCGCAAUCUGAGACCACGCCCUUUCACCCUCGAUCUCCCUACGCUGCCUCCAAAUGCGCCGCUCACUGGUACACCGUCAAUUACAGGGAAGCUUACGGCCUCUACGCCUGCAACGGCAUCCUCUUCAACCACGAGUCUCCUCGCCGUGGAGAGAACUUCGUGACCAGGAAGAUAACCAGGGCCUUGGGCAGGAUCAAGGUCGGAUUGCAGACCAAGCUCUUCCUGGGAAACAUACAGGCCUCGAGAGACUGGGGAUUCGCUGGGGACUACGUCGAGGCAAUGUGGCUCAUGCUCCAGCAGGAGAAACCAGAUGACUACGUGGUCGCAACUGAGGAAUCACACACCGUCGAGGAGUUUCUGGAGGUGUCCUUCGGCUACGUCGGGCUCAACUGGAGAGACCAUGUUGAGAUCGACAAGAGGUACUUCAGGCCAACGGAGGUCGACAAUCUCAAAGGAGACGCAACCAAGGCUAAGCAGGUGUUGAAGUGGACCCCUAAAGUAGGGUUCGAGCAGCUCGUCAAGAUGAUGGUCGACGAAGAUCUCGACAUGGCUAAGAGGGAGAAAGUCCUCGUCGAUGCUGGUUACAUGGACGCUCAGCAGCAACCUUAAUCUCCUCUCGAGCUGCCCGUCCCAGCCAAAACAAAAAAAAAAGAGUCCCAUCAUCAUUAUCUGCCCCUUCCUUCCUACCCUUUUUUUCUUUUCUUGGUUGUUGUUAUUGGACGAUCUAAUUCUGUUUCAAAGUUUUUCCAUUUCUUGUUUCCUCUUUUCUUGUUUCAAGUUGUUCAACUCGAUCCACUGUGGAUUUUGUAUCA